AUGAGUUAUGGAAUACUGGCUGAUGGGUAUCAACGUGUAGAAUUGCUCCCAAAAGUGGAUAUCCAAGGAGAAGGCAAUUCUCACACGGCGGAGGAAGGCAUUUCAACGCAAGAAAGCAUGCAGGGUGUCAGUAUUUACAGUGACACUGUCACUCACCGUAAACUACACCAUAGACAUGUUCUUCUUAUUGGGAUAUCCGGAGUGAUUGGGACUGCGCUUUUCGUCAAUAUAGGGAAGUCGUUAUAUCAUGGAGGCUCCGUUUUCCUGCUCCUGGGCAUGGCAGUGUGGUGCGUGCCAAUUUUGUGCAUCACUGUGUCAACGGCAGAAAUGGUGUGCUAUCUACCACUGGAUUCGCCAUUUCUGCGCAUUGCGGCUCGUUGCGUGGACGAUUCUAUGGCUAUCAUGGCGGGUUGGAACUUUUGGUUCCUGGAGUGUGUUCAAAUCCCGUUCGAAAUCGUGGCGGUCAAUACUAUCAUACACUACUGGAGAGACGACUACUCACCCGCCAUCCCUCUGUUCUUGCAAGUUGUGCUUUACUUGGUAAUAAGCCUGUUUGCUGUUCGAUACUAUGGCGAAAUGGAGUUCUGGCUGGCUAGUUUCAAGAUUUUUCUCGCGGCAGGCUUAUUUAUAUUCACCUUUAUUACAAUGCUUGGAGCUAAUCCACGACGGGACCGAUUUGGUUUUCGCAACUUAUUAGAUGCCCCUUUCAAAGAGUAUUUCCCUUCAGGGCAGACUGGUUCUCCUUCUGCCGGCUACUUUCAAGGUUUUUUAGCAUGCCUCAUCCAGGCUUCCUUCACUAUAGCGGGACCGGACUAUGUAUCGAUGGUGGCAGGAGAGACUCGUAUUCCACGAAAAGUUCUUCCAAUUGCUUUCAAGCAUGUAUUCAAUCGACUGACGCUGCUAUUUCUGGGAAGUAGCUUAUGUGUCGGGAUUUUAUGCAGUGCUAACGAUCAGGGUUUGACUGCGGCAAUUAAUGAAGCUCGUCCAGGUGCUGGCGCCUCCCCAUAUGUUAUCGCAAUGAGCAAUUUGGGGAUUCGGACUCUUCCCCAUGUAGUCAACGCAGCUUUGAUUACAGCGGCCUUUUCUGCUGGCAAUGCUUAUACUUACUGUUCUUCAAGGGUUUUACAUGGGCUAGCUCUGGACGGACAUGCCCCACAUAUUUUCAAAAAAUGCAAUCACCAUGGAGUACCGAUUUGGGCCGUAGCUGUCUCUUUACUUUGGGCACUUUUAAGUUUGUUACAGUUGAAUUCUAAUAGUGCGAUUGUUCUUAAUUGGCUAAUAAAUUUGAUCACCGCUUCUCAGCUAAUAAACUUCGCAUGUUUGUGCAUUACCUACCUAUUUUUCAGACGCGCUUACAGAGCUCAACAUGCCACGUUACCAAAUCUUCCUUUUAAGUCUUGGGGUCAGCCCUAUACCGCUAUAUUAGGGCUUACAUCCGUAUCUAUUAUGAUAAUUGUCCAAGGAUAUUCGGUAUUUUAUCCCUCUCAAUGGAGUUUGAAGGAUUUUCUCUUCUGUUACUUGAUGAUAUUCGUCGACCUUGGAAUAUACUUGACCCAUAAAUUUAUCCUGACCAAAAAACCUACCUGGCCAAAGGAUCCGAGGAAUGUUGAUUUGACUUCUGGUUUAUUAGCGAUUGAACAACACGAGAUCAUGAAUGGAUUUACAACCUAUCAGUUUUUUUCCAAUACCUGCUCCCUAAGUGGCAGUACCAGCUGCCAAGAUGUUCAUAUAGGAAAAGUUAAUUAG